AUGACUUAUAUCCCCCUGGGACAAGACUCCACGACAUUUCGACCUCUGGUUGCUAAAAUCGUCAAACGGCUGGAGCCUUUCACAUCCUCCGUCCUUCUCAUUCAACAAGUUUCCGACGGCAAACAAUUUAUGCUAAAGCUAAAUGACCGUAGACUGGGCCAUCAUCACAGCCUCAAUAUGGAGGAUGGCAAGUUCCCGUGGACGACGGCUCUUGAAGAGCAUCUACGAGCAGCCGUGCAGAACAUACAACUCGGAACGACCACCAACUGGUUCGACCUCAUCAAAGAUUGGAAGCAUCCUGCCCAACCCGAUCUGAAUGACUGGGAGGGACUGGAUGUGGGAGAUAUCGACAUGGACUUCGAGAAUGGAAGAACAUUAAACCGAGGUGAAGGCAUAUCGUUUAUUGCGCCGACUACAGGCCUCUUCACGGAUUACAUUCCCUGCCUCAUUAUCGAGUACAUCCAAGGUGUGAGCAUGGGCUCGCUCAAACCCGGUGUUGAUAUUCCUCGACCGGAGGCAGAAGCGCUUGCUGGCCGUGUUAUGGACGCCUUCCGGACGAUGAAGACAGAGAAAUGUGUGAUGCACAACGAUAUACACAUCGACAAUAUUCUUCUGCGGGACUCGGACAGGUCCCCGGUCCUUAUUGACUUUGGAUGGACCUUGACGAGGAAACCAGGGAUGAACGAUGAAGAAUGGGAGAAUUCGGUUUCAGGGUCUCAGAACACGCGCUUUGCGCGUAGGGUUCUUAUGAGUAAAGAUCAUGGGGUGUGGAGAAGGAAGGGGACGCCGGUGCCGAUGAAUUACUAUUAUUCUGCGCUAAUGUGGAACGAAUACGUGAGGACCAGCCUGGGGAUUAUUGCAGACAGACGUUCGAGAGGGUCCCGGGUACGGAUUGGGAAGGUGCAAGAGAAGAAGUACUGCAGUAGCGCGUCAAGCCGGGUAUUCAGUGCAGAGAUGACUAGGUGUUUAAGAGCUCAAAGGCGUUCGGCGGGGACCUUCCAUGUCAAGCGUAUCAAAUGUUGUUUCCCAAUGUCGAGGGUCUUUCUUUACGAGCUGCCUACAGAGCCAGUCUUGGGUCGAGUGAAUAUGGUAGUUGAUGCAGCAGUGGUUUGUAACCAUCUGCAGCGGCCGAAAUACGUAGAGUAG